AGUAUUAAGUUGAGAGCAAACCUGAUAUCACGGGUAGAGAGUUUCCUGGAAAUGCGGACAAACAAUCGAAUCAUCAUCAUCAUCACAACUGCAGACCGUUCGGAAUGACGGACGGUGACUAGACUAUGCAGCGAUAUUUCUUACGUUACGCCUACUCAGGAACCGCCUUCACCGGCUCGCAGAAGCAAUUACCACGUGUGCCUUUGAGCGAGCAAGACGCAUGGUAUCAAUGGCAAGAUCGGAACACGGUCCAAGGAGCCAUUGAACAAGGCCUGAACUACACGCUACGGCCCGUUUAUGCCGCCAAUCUCAUCACAUCCAGUCGCACGGAUACGGGUGUGAGUGCCACCGCUGCCACAGCCGCAUUGGAUUUGGUUCAUCGACACGUCGACCGUGGGAUUUACUUUGAUCCCCGAGCCAUCACUCAUAGUUUGAAUCAUUACCUUGAGAGCGCGGAAUUGCCCAUCAGGAUCUUGAAGACUUUGGCAGUGCGUGGAAGUUUCUACGUCCAAAAAGUCAAGUCUCGGCGGUACGUGUAUCGGUUUUUGGUCGAAAACGGGAAGCACCCAGAUAUCUUGUCCGAAUUCUCUCAUUCUUGGAGCCCGAGAGAUUCUGCCAAGAUUUUGAUUCAUGGAACAAGCACAGGAACGAGCAAGCGACCUCGUACCACACCUAUCGUUGCUGCUUGGGCAAAAUCACUGGGAUUUGUAGAGAUUCGGCCUCCCUUCGACGUUGAUCGCUUUCAAAGCGCACUGUCCUUGUUCAAAGGAACACACAACUUUGGUAGCUUUACCACCGGCUUAGCGCUCAAGAAUCUCUUCAAAACCAAAGGCCAGGAUGGGGUAUUGGCCUACAUUGUCCGGGACGUUGAUGACAUCCAAGUCCACCGAAUGCCCAUGGACGCAGUGGAGGACCUCAUGCCUGUGGCCAAGUGUUUUGAUUUCUACCAUGUUCACAUCAAUUCGACGGGCUUCCUCCACAACCAGGUCCGACGAAUGCUUGGAGCAGCUUUUCGAGUAGCCGGCCAUGGGAUUGAACUCUCCAACAUUCAACAAAUGCUGGACGAGCCUUCACCAGGCAACUUUGUCAAUUGCAAGCCCAUGCAAGCCGAAGGUCUUCAUUUGACGGAGAUAAACUACGACCCCGAUGACCUUAUUGGUGCCACCGACCGUUUUCAAGACCUACCUUUGAGCUCACCUGUAGGCACUCCUAAAGUUCUGCAACCGAUUGAUUGGAGCUCAGUGAGCCUUUUGCCUCCAGAUAGACAACAAGCCCAGGACAUUGUGAACAGUGAGACUUUGGCAAAAGAGCGGUUCCGUGAAGGUCGUAGCAAUGAGCUUCUUGACCAAGCUUCAGGAGCGAAGAUUGGCCUUGAGUCAUGCCAAGACCAGAGUGAGGACGGCGAAUGGAACAGUGUGGGUGGAGGAGUAUCAGAAGGACACAGGGGAGACGUCCAGACAAGUGGUUGACCGGGUUGUUCCAUUUGUGGUGGAUCUUCAACCAGACUUGCAAGUUGCGGAAAUAACCCCAUUUCUUUAUUUGGGGUCCCAAGAUGUGGCUGGAGAUCUACCAACCCUUCAAUCAAAUCGUAUCACUCACAUUCUGAACGUCGGUUCUGGCAUUCCCAACUCCUUCCCCGUCGACUUCCACUACUU